UUUACUGUUUGCCUGUUUUAGCUGUUACCAUGGCAGAGGCUCAUCUAUUAUUAACCAUUUCGGUGUCUCGUUUUUGUACUCGGGGUAUUUUCAGCUCAUUUUGACACGUCAAUGGGGAUAUUAGUGUUUGAUAAUUGCAUACCACUAUGGCUUAGGCUGAAAGAGCACGUCUGGCUUCUCUGAAUGGGAUGUGAAACAUGUAAGACAAUCUUGUAUUUCAAUGGAGGGGCCAAACCUGAAACAGGAGAAAGAAAAGGCAGGGAAAACAGUUAGGUUUAGAGUAGCAUCUGCCAACAGUGGCCGGGUCUUGGCGGAGGUGUUCAAGGAUGAAACGGCCUGGUGCAGCUCAGUGUCGGACUCAGUGGACUCUGACUGCACCAGCAGCCCAGAAGCAGAGCAGGGGAGCCCACCUCCCAGCAGCGAGGCCAACAGCCAUCUGAACGGCCUGCUGGUGGAGACGGCUCCGGACGAGAACGGCUGUGAACCUGAUGACCUGCUUUUGUACGCCAGUGCCAAGAGAGAGAUGGUCUUCAGCAACAAACGGAUCAAUAUUUGCAGCAAGAAUGGGACCAUUCGAGGAGUGAGGAACAAAGUGAGCGCAGGCCAAGUGCUUUUCAACAACCUCUCCAACAUGUACUCUGGUUCCCUUCGUCAUCCGAAAAGGAGACCCUGGGAAAAGGAGUAAACAGUUUGGAAGUAGUAGAUUCACACGCUGUGAUCAACAGGAAGAAAGAGCCCUGUGGCUGAAGAUUGUCCUGCAAUUUUGGUUUACACCAGGACUCCUCACUUUACUGACUUUAUGUCUGGUUUAAAACAAACUCUUCAGUGUCUUCCUUUAUUAUUAGUUCUGCUUUAAAAUGACUACAGCUAAUAACAGUGUGUUAGUUCUUUGAUUCGGAUUCAUCUCUCAGAUGUAGUAUACUGUGGCUGUAAGCACAUAUAACUUCACACAUUUAUAAACAAAAACCUCUCAUAUGGACAAUUUUGAAAUGUGUAAAACACCAAAAGGACAAUUAAAUAUGUGUAACCUUUUUUUAUACAUACCCAUGCAUGCAUAUCAUGUGACUUGUAACUUAAACAACUGAACCAACUAACUAAACAAGUAAGUUCGCUGGAGCCUCUGAGACUUUUAAUGGAUUCUGAAAAGAUUUUUGUAUUUUUUGUAAGACGUUGUAAGUAAAAUUGUGACCCAAAAUUUCAUAUGAUUUUGAUAUUUGAUGGAGUCUCAUUCUGAUUUAUGUGAACAUGUUUUUCUAAGUAUUUUUUAAUGAUGUUCACACUACACUGGGUGUGCUUUAUACUAUUCUAA